GGCGAGGGGGAAGGGAGGGGGGGUGUGUAGUGUUGUGCAGGGAAUCGGCUGGCCAUGGCGCGGUUCCCUCCUCCUCCUCGUGAGUUGCUUCCUCUCGGCGCAGCUCAAUCUUCCAGCCCCAUUCUCCUCAAAAUUUAGUGAAAGCCGAUCGAUUUUGACUGAAUCAACAUUUCAUGAAAUGAGUUUUCGAGAGGGUUGUUCGCUGCUGCCCUGAGUUGUUUUGGACUGCUCGUGUUUGAUGAUUCAUUGAGUCAUUCUGCUCGUUCUGUCAAGGGGAGAGGGUGUGGCGAUUUGAGUUCCCCGGAGUUUAGAGUUGGUUCAUAAUCCAGGAAAGUCAUUCGAGCUCAGCUACUGAGUGAUUUUUGGCGGACUCUGGUGGUAGCCGUCCGAAAUCGUUUGGAACUUUUGUAUGAUUAGAUUCUCGGUGACGGUUGAAAAUUGUGCUGUGCUUGGAGGUUUUGCAGGAGGAUUGAAAUAGUUCGCGACGACAUUGGGGUUAGUUUACCUGUUUUCGAUUGAUCAAUCGGUGGCCUUUGUGCAUCAGUUCUUGAAAGGGUGUGCUAGCUAAGAUUGUACUGAUAAGCGAGCGAUAUCGUUUGCCGGCCCAGUCCUUACCUGCCCAUGAAUUCUCGGCCUCAGGCAACCGCGUCCACUCCCGCUCCACUUCUCGGACGCGGGCGUAAUCGCAAGCAGACUGAGCUGCAGCAUCUGAACAAUGAAAUUCAGCUUCUCCAGGAGGAGUUGGAGGUUUUGAACAACACACCUCUCGCGUCGAAGGCCUGCAAAGAUCUGAUUACCUUCGUUGAAAAUCUUCCUGAUCCGUUUCUCUCGAGCUCCGACGGAGUGGGACAUCAGCCGUGGCCAUAUGAUCGGCCUUCGAAAUCCCGUCGCCAUUGGUGGAAGUUCUAGACAGUAAAUAAAGUAACGCCUGCUUUCUCCCUAUCUGUAAUACAAUGAGCCUUUCAAAUGAAGUAUUCAUCUGAAGAAGUCUAGUUUGUAAUUUUGGUGGCAUUCACAGAGAAUCAAGUCCUUUCUGGGAUGCAAGGAUGAGAUCAUCCUGCUUGAACAGCUGCUCAGUGCAAGCCUGUAAAGUUGUGCCACAGUCAGUGGUUUUCAAUGACGCAUUGUGCAAUAUAGAAUUGUAGAGCUACUACCAUCUCUAUGUAAUUUCUGCCUCA